UACUCCAGCAGCCAUUCUGUCGCCUCCGUUCGUGCUGCAAGUGAGAACUGGAUGUGUCUACAUGCAUAUGUGUCGGAUGAAAUGCGUUGCGGUCUUUGUCUACUUUUCGAUCUCUCUGGUACGGCAAGCCGUCUACACCGAUGACACAAUCAAUUUAUCAGAAAUGGCCUCGGGAAAACUUACUUUUCGUCAGAUGGAGGGAAAUGAAACUUACUUACGGAGCACCUUGGAACUAGCUGCUGACAUACCAACAGAAGCUUCUUUCGAGCUUUUUGACCCACGACACGUGUUUCGCUAUGUGAAGUUCACGUAUACGUGGGACCUGGGGAACGGAGAAGUUAUAGUGGGAAAGGAGCCUUUUGUGCGAUACAAUUACAACUCUUCGGGAAACUACACUGUAAGACUGACCUUGGGUGCCUACUGGGCCAGACACACACGACUAACAGGAUUCUACUCCACAGACUUAAAAGUAUUGGAUGCCAUAAGGACUAUUGAGCUGAUGGGACCCUCAGAUUAUAAGGUCUCCCAAAGUACUAGCCUGUCCGUGUUUGUUGGUGGGAGUCCUCCUAUGUGGAUAUGUUGGUCAAUGGUGCCCAACUGCGUGGCUGUUUCUCCAGUGUCCUGCCACUGGGUGAAGUUGUAUGGAAACAUAUUUAACCUGAACUACACCUUCACAUCUGUGGGCAAAUACUGUCUGAACUUGACAGUCAGGAAUGACAUCAGCACGCUCCAGACCUCCUAUGACAUUAUAGCGUGGAGAGAUCCGACCAGUAACCUGCUCUUCAUCUUUCCUUGCGCCACACUUAUCUUGUCCACGUUUGCCCUCAUCAUUGCGACUGCAUGUCGUUCAAAACGUAAAGCCAAGAGGAACACGGUGGAGGUGGCAAACUUCAAUUUCUCCCCAGAGGCCCCAAAAAUGGAAACGAAGUAUAAGAGCUUGGGUUGCUCCCCAAAUUUUAAUUCCAUCCCGUCUUCACAGAAGAAGAGCGAAAUUCAACCUUUGCUCAUUCACUCCAGGGAGUCCUCCUCGACCUGCUUUUCACAGCUGUAAUCCUCUCCGAGGUUCAAUCAGAGGCAGCAUUCGUCACGGUGCCAGUGAAUUUCAUAGUACUGUCACGAGGUCUGGAGCCAGUGAUAUUCUGUUGGAUUGUUGCUUCCAGCACUGCUGCUGUCAACACCAUGACCUCAUUAUGCAAGUUGAUCAAAUUAUCAGCUGAUAUACUCUGGUACUUACAGUAUGAACUCUAGAGGUACAGACUAACCGGUCAAUGGAAGUGGUCUGAAACUGUAAGUAAAAUACACCUUUUUAAUAUUCUUGCUAUCAUUAAUACAAAACACUCUAAGUAUGAAUUGGAGUCACACUAAAUAUGAAUUACACAAAAUAAUUUGAUCAAAAUUAGACAAAGGAGCACUAUUGCUAAGGAGUGCUUUAGUAUGUGGGCAAAGUGUUAAAUGUAAAGAAGGGCCAGAACUAAAUCAAUCAGUUUGCAAAAGAAGCCAAAAUAUCACUAGAAAAGUAAAGUGUCAUUCAUAAAGCCAAAAAGAUAUGGUUCCAGUGAGAUCCAUAUUACUGCUACAGGAUGAGGGUAGGCUAUUUUGAAAAAUCUGCAAGAGUAAUAUCGAUAAGUAAUAACCUACAGUAAUAACCAUUUCAAUCAAUAAAGGAUUAAAAAUAUUCUUGGUUUAUUAUGAUAUUGCUGAGUUCUAUACAAGCUCCAUUCUCAGUGCAUUUGUAUCUUUGAGGUUCUACUGUAAUAUCUUGUGAGAAUAAUUUUCUUUGGAAAUGGUGAUGGCAGUCUCUUGAAGCUAUAUAUAGAAUUUGAAAUUCUUUCUUGUGCCACGUGAUUUUGUUGGUUUAUGCUGAAAUAGUGGAAUGGUGUGGAAUAUGUAAAUUUUAUAAUUUGGUGCCUGUAAUUGCAAUGGGUGUUCUGUUCAGUAUAUAUACGAAAUAAUUUUACAGUUUGUACAACUGAAUAUUUUUGCUCUGUAUAAAAAGUGCUUUGAGGGGUAGAAUGGCUUGAAAGUUAUGUCUGACAUGAUUUUAAUGUAUAACCGUGAACAUAAAAA